AUGGAAGGUGAAGAUAGGAGUACGCGCAGAAGUGCGCGGUCAACGAGAGGUGUAGCACCUCCCCGUUUGGGUUUUGAAGAAGAGCGCUCGAUGCGCAGUAGUAGGAGAUCAGGAGGAGGACAGUCCCGAUCUUCAUACGAGACUCAGCGUCGAGUUCUGGAAGCAGAAAAGAGGCUCCUGGAGAAGGAGCUUGAGCUCGUGAGGUUAGCUCAAGACGAAGCGUCGUCAAGUGGCCAAGGGGCCAAAGGAUCGUCCUCUCCCAAGAUGGCCUCCGAAGUCUUCGCAGAGGAGCUCAUAGAAGGCCAUGAAGCUGAUGCAGCCGUUGACGCUGGCCAAGGAGAUGAGGCUGGUAUGGGUGAAGUAGAAGUUGCGCACCUGCCAGAACAUGCAGUGGCUGUUUCUCACGAUCCAGAGCCGCACGCAGUGCCGAGUCCCAGUGUAGCCGGAACUGUCAGUGCCCACACAAGCAGGAGUUUGCCUGUGGCGGUGAGGACUGAGUCUGAGGUCGCACGUGCGUCGACGAAUACGGAGCAGGCCAAUCUGUCAGGGUUGCGAGUGCAACAAGAGUUUGUGCUGAAAGAGAAGCGCUAUCAGCGGGAACUGAGCGAAGCUCAAUCAAUAGCGGACGCCGAGCAGCGACGUGUAGCGAAAUUGAACAAGGAUCUUGCGAGCGCUCGUGCAGACCUGUCAUCGCUGCAGGCGGAAAAUAGGCGAGUCACGCAGGAAAAAGAGGUGUGCGAAGCUGAGCGGGAUGUAUCGGAAAGGGAACUGCGCGAGCUGCAGCCGCAUCUCGAGCGCCUGGAAAGAGAACACCAGGAGGGGCGCAUGUGUUUGGAAGAUCUCCGCGAUCAGAAUGACCGCUUGCUGACGCGAGCCGAGCAGGUUUCAGCAGAGCAACACGCGCAGCGAGCUGAACUGCUCGACAAGCUCGAACGCCUUCGCGCGGAGAACGCCAGCCUGCAACAGCGGGCGGAUCGAGGCGGAGGCCGAGGGCCGAAUGAGCAGCGAACACAGCGAGCGGAGUUGCUAGUUCAGCUGGACCAGCUUCGCGGAGAAAAUGAUCGCCUGCGGAGGCGUGCGGACCACGACCAGUACACCGCACAGUGUUCUAGUGCGCAGCAACAGGAGCUACGCAGUCGGAUUCAGAGCGAUCAAGAGCCGGAGGAGAUAGUGAAGACGCACCAAGCAGCUGGUUCCACGGUCAAAGGCCUUCAGCAGGAUGGACGUGGGCAAGCAGAUGAGGGUCUGCAAAGCCAGCUAUCAAGGCUCACCGCGUGA